GCGCUCGAUCUACCUUUCAACGGAGAGACAGGAAAACAAACAAACAGUCAAGACGCAUUAAGAGAUAAUCCCAUAAAAAAGUCCCAAAAAACUCCCCCCAAACCCUUAAAAAAGGAAGAAAAUGUCAGCCAUUUCUCGUCUCUUCCAACUCUCCAUCCCUCCUUCCUAAAAAACGAAUCCCCAAAAUCCUAAAAACCCUAGAAAAUGGAAGAAACCUCAUCAAACCACCCCUCGUCCACACCGCUCCUCCGCCCCGGGCCCACCUCGGACUCGCCCCGGCCCACCUCGGACUCGCCCAGGGCCACCACCCUCGCUCUCCUCCUCAACCGGGCCACCGGCGGCCGUCGUGGCCCGUCGAUGCUGGUUCGGGAGACCGCGGCGCUCCACCUCGAGGAGCGGCGCGCCGACUGGGGAUACUCGAAGCCUGUUGUCGCCCUCGACAUCGCCUGGAACCUUGCGUUCGCCCUCGUGUCCGUCAUCAUGCUGGGGUCCACCCUCAGGGAGCGCCCGAACACCGCGAUCAGGAUCUGGAUCAUCGGAUACGCUCUCCAGUGCGGGGUCCAUGUUGUCCUCGUCUGGUUGGAGUACCGGAGGAGGAAUUUGCGGAGGAGGAGGAGCUUGGAAGAAGGGGGUGGGAGUGGACGUGGGUCAGAUUCCGAGGGGAUUGACAGCGAGGAUGACGAAGGGGAUAUAAUUGGAGGGUAUCGGUCCAGUAUUGCAAAAAGAUGUGAAUCUGUUAAUACGAUGGCUUCCUUUCUCUGGUGGAUAGUUGGCUUCUAUUGGGUGGUCUCUGGUGGUGACAAUCUCCUGCAGAAUGCUCCACGACUCUACUGGUUGGCUGUGGUAUUUCUGGCAUUCGAUGUGUUCUUUGCCAUCUUUUGUGUUGCUUUGGCAUGUGUGAUAGGGAUUGCACUCUGCUGCUGCUUGCCUUGCAUUAUUGCGAUUCUUUAUGCUGUCGCUGGCCAGGAAGGUGCAUCAGAUGCAGAUAUUAGUCUCCUUCCUAGAUAUAGAUAUGGUCAAACCUGUGGCGAUGAGGAAAAGACUACUGCUGGAGCAGGAACGAUGACUCCCACAGGAGGCAGUGGAGGUCCAGCAAAUGAACGCGUUCUUUUACCUGAGGAUGCGGAAUGCUGUAUCUGUCUCACUGCAUAUGAAGAUGGGGCAGAGCUCAACACCCUUCCAUGCAACCAUCACUUCCAUUCUGCAUGCGUCGCUAGAUGGCUUCGAAUCAACGCAACAUGCCCGCUCUGCAAGUACAACAUCCUCAAGGGCAACGAACAGGUCUGAAGCUCUGCAAUCCAGCUCUUUGUUCAUCUUGUAUAUAAGAACGUAGCAUUUUGAUGAAGAAAAUGCAGCUACCCAAAUACAUUAAUCUUUUUCUUCUCAAGCGGCUGUGCUUCUGCAAACAAGUGCUCUAAAAUCUAAUGCAAUGAGAGUUGUAACAUGAUAAUAUGGUGCAAAAGGAGCAAGACAUGUUGGCUUCUGUUGUAGCGAAUUUGUAGAAUACACAACUCACAUAUUUAGAGUGGUAUCAAAUAUUUUCGGAUCUGCAUUUUAUGGGCUGCAAUAUGCCUAAAUAUGGAAGAGGCCAAUAUCAGAUUUAUGGAAAUGUUAGAAGCGGUAUUACCAUCC